UAUAAAUAAGCAUAUCACAUAAAGUUUAACUUAUCAAUUCUCUUCUUCUUCUUUAGCCCUCAGCCCUUCCUAGUUCUCACAGUCUAAGUCCUCCGAACAUCACAGCUCUCCUCCCAACCAACCGCCACGCACCAUUGCGAAGUCCUCCGGUCGCCGCUCAUCACACUCUUCCAAUUCAACCAUGAAGCCGUCAAGUCCUCCUCCGCCGCUGAUCAUCAUAGAUCUAGGAAGCAACCAACUGGCGCAGCCCAUUUCCAUCAUGGCUCAAGAAUUUAUUUCGGCGUUUCAGGAUCUGCAGAAAGAAGAUUCCAAUAAUAAGAAAUUGGUGGAUUUUGUCCGCAGCCACUACGACAACAGCCUCAUCUCUCUCGAGUACUGCUCAGCGCUACGACGACGUCUCAACACUGCAAACGAGAAUGAUUCUCCUCCUCCUCCCUUCUCUCACAACUUCUUCCGUGAUGAUGUAUCCCGUCUCGUUUCAGACCACUCAACGAUUAUGAAUACGCUGAAACCGAUGUGCGACGGCUUCAACAAAGAGCUCGACAGCAUCGAUAUCUCCCAAAAGGUGUCUGCUUUUUUCUUCAUCGCAGCGGUCAUAAUCUGCACGGCCGUGAGUGCGAUUGCUACGGCGAAUGCCAAUCCCGAGUGGGCAUGGGCGGCAGUGGCAGGGGCUUCGACAGCUGCCCCAGUGGCCUCCAUUCUAUUUGGCGCGCUAGGGAAUUGGCGCCAAUCAGUACUCUGCAAGAGUGAGUCCGCAGUCAGGAAACAUAAGGAAAUCAUAACACAUAUGAUAUUUGCCGCCGAUUGCGGCAUACGAGAUCUUGAAAAAAUUCAAAUAGUAGCUAGCAGUUUGGAGUCUGAGACCAAAUCAUUGUCGAAAACUGUCGACGACGGUGAGAAAAUGGCGGCCGUCAAAAGGAGCUCUGGAGAAUUACUACAGAAAGUUAAAAACUACAAUAGUGACUUCAAGUGGGUUAAAAUCAAAGUGGUUGGUAUUAUUACCAAUCCCUAGCACUCAAUUCAUUUGAUAAUACUCCCUCCAUUCAAAAUUAGCUAAUACUCAAGGUUAAUUAAAAGGUUAAAAGAGGAUAAAUAAUAAAGGACUCAAGUUUUAAUGCAAGGGAAAUUUUUUUCCCUAAAUUAGAAAGUUCAUUAUUAAGGGAGGAAGGGAUAUCAUAGAAUGCUUACAAAGCUAGAGGUAGAGUUAAAAAACAGUC